AUUCCACGCGGCGUCCAUGGCUGAUUGAUUGGAUAAUAACAACAUCACACCACAGUUUUGUGAGCCUGGCACCCGCAAUCAUUGAUGGAGUUGAGGAUCUGUGAAUCGCUGCUUUCGCCGUAACCAGCAUCGUCAGGAGAUUCAAACUCCAAGUUCUUCUCCAGGAUUUGCCCUCGUUUUAGAUUGGCUAUAAUUAUUUUAGCAACGAUUUUGAAGAAUUUCGCGUGAUUUCGUCUUCCUGUUCGUCAACAAUGGCUGGUUGUACAGCUGCGACGAGCAACUUCAAUCUCGCCCACAACCUGCUCGAUGAAAUUCGUAGCCAUAAAAACUGGAAGAAGAUGGGGAAGAAGAAGAAUGGGAUGUAUGGCUUUGGGUUCAGGCCAUGCCUGCUGACGUCGUUGCUCGUUAUGGACUCAAGAAGAAACCUUGCGAGCAGCCCGAGAGAUGUUCGAGCAAAUGCUUCAGAGUUUGAUGUCGAGGUGGAUGAUAAUUUUUCGGAAGUGGAUGAUGAUCUAGCAUUAGAGUUGGGGCCUGGACUCCCAGCUAGCCUCAAUUGGCUGUGGUCGCUCUCGAGCUCGAUCGAUGAUCCAUCACCUAGAGGCUGUAGGAGUAUGGGAUUUGGAGUGAUAUUUGAACUGAAUGGAGUUCUUGUGGAGGGCGAUGAUCCUGAAUUGGAACGAUGCGCUUGGUGUUUGAUGUGCAAGGAAAAAGGCAAACAAUUUCUGUCAGAUAAUGAAUUAAGGUCGAUGGAGGGAAUGUUGAGUGAAGAGGCCAUCUCAGAGGUCCUCGGCUGGUCUGAAGAUCCAUUGGAGCUUCAACGCUUAGCUGCACGGAAGGAAGAAAUAUACUGUUGUUUGCGUGGUUGUGAUUAUCAGUUACGACAAGGCACAAUGGUGUUCUUGAGCAGACUUUUGGAUUACGGGAUACCUAUGGCAGUGGUAUCUGCACGCCCUAGAAAUGGCCUUGAACAAGCCAUUAAAACUGUUGGGUUGGAAGGAUUCUUUACUUGUGUGGUGGCGGCAGAGGAUUUAGAUAGGGGGAAGCCAGAUCCUGAGAUGUUCAAACGUGCAGCAGAUCUACUUGAGCUUGCCCCGGAACAGUGCAUUGUAAUUGGCAACUCAGAUUUGUCGGUGGCAGCUGCCACCAGUGCUGGGAUGAGUUCUGUGGUGGUGGCAAGCAAUAAACCUGUCUAUGAGUUCCGAGCUGCCUUGCGGGUGGUAAGGUGGCUUAAUGAGCUCUCUGUUGCAGACUUGGAGAGAAGUACUAAUCCAAUUCAGCGAAGAGCCAGGGAAACACAUAUGGAGAUGGAUUAGUUAAGCAACCUUCAAGUACAUCUUUCAUUGACAUGAAUUAUAUAAUUAACAUAUCCAUGUAAGAACCUUGUUGAGCUUAUUGUGUAUGGGCUCAACAAGUGAUUGUUGAGCAGUGGAUUUGAUUGGUAACCAGUGAUUGUUGUCACAAGUUGAAGAUCGCAACACGGAGAGGCUGCAAGAAGUAACUGAAAUUUAGCUGAUGUUCAGUAGGGCUUCUGAACAUGUUGAUUUUGGAGGUAGCAAAGUCAUCAUCCCUGGAUAAGACCCAGUGGAGCUCAGUAGUUUGUGUUGUCCAUGUUACAUGCUUUCUUUUAGUUCACUAAAGGUUCUCUUCUUUUGUGAUCUCUUUGUCGGAAUAUCCCAAAUGCUUAAACUUCUGUGA